CGCGAUAGUUCCGUGCCUCUACCGGCGGCGACAUUCAGAGAGGAGAUGGCGGCCAGAGGGGGAUUUCAGUCGGCACCGACGGGCGUUGUUGUAGGAGCAAUGGGACCCGGACCACCGGUACCGGGCGUAGGACCAGGCAUGGGUCCCGGGACUCCUACGGGACGGAUGGUACCGUCGUCGGCCCAGCAGAACCACAUGUACCGUUCCCCGAUGCCCGGGCCUGGGUACCCGAGACCGGGCAUGCCCCCAUCCAAUCGCAUGACCCCACAGGGGCCGGCCAUGGGGCCCCCAGGAUACGGCAACAGCCCCGUGUCUCGCCCCGUGAUGCCCGGCGUGAUGGACCCCUCCCGCAAGAGGCCCGCGCCCCAACAGAUCCAGCAGGUUCAGCAGCAGAACCGCAACCAGCACACAAAGAAGAAGAAGAUGGCUGAUAAAAUUCUACCUCAGAGGAUCAGGGAACUGGUCCCAGAGUCUCAGGCUUACAUGGAUCUGCUGGCUUUCGAGAGGAAGCUGGAUCAGACCAUCAUGCGCAAGAGGCUGGACAUUCAGGAAGCCCUGAAGAGGCCCAUAAAGCAAAAGAGAAAGCUUCGGAUCUUCAUAUCCAACACCUUCAACCCGGCAAAGCCUGAUGCAGAGGAUGGAGAGGGCACAGUUGCAUCAUGGGAGCUGCGUGUUGAGGGGCGUCUGCUGGAAGAUUCGGCUGUGUCCAAGUAUGAGGCCACCAAACAGAAGAGGAAGUUCUCCUCUUUCUUCAAGUCUCUGGUGAUCGAGCUGGACAAAGACCUGUACGGCCCUGACAAUCACCUGGUGGAGUGGCACAGGACUGCCACCACCCAGGAGACUGAUGGUUUCCAGGUGAAGAGACCCGGUGAUGUGGGGGUCCGCUGCACCGUCCUGCUGAUGCUGGACUACCAGCCCCCUCAGUUCAAGCUGGACCCCCGGCUGGCUCGUAUGCUGGGCAUCCACACCCAGACCAGACCUGUCAUCAUCCAGGCUCUGUGGCAGUACGUCAAGACCCACAAGCUCCAGGACCCUCAUGAGCGCGAGUUCAUCAACUGUGACAAAUACCUGCAGCAGAUUCUAAUACCAGAGAGACCAACACACCCCAGGAUAAAAAAACAGAACGGGACAGAGAUCUUUGAGACUCAGCGAAUGAAGUUCUCCGAGAUCCCUCAGCGCCUGCAUGCCCUCCUGAUGCCCCCAGAGCCAAUCAUCAUCAACCAUGUGAUCAGUGUGGACCCUAAUGACCAAAAGAAGACGGCUUGCUACGACAUUGACGUGGAAGUGGACGACACGCUGAAGACCCAGAUGAACUCCUUCCUGCUGUCCACUGCCAGUCAGCAGGAAAUAGCCGGACUGGACAACAAGAUCCAUGAAACCAUUGAGACCAUAAACCAGCUGAAGACCCAGAGAGAGUUCAUGUUGAGUUUUGCCAGAGACCCUCAGGGCUUUAUCAACGACUGGCUGCAGUCCCAGUGCCGAGACCUCAAGACCAUGACCGAUGUGGUCGGAAACCCAGAAGAAGAGCGGAGAGCCGACUUUUACUACCAGCCGUGGGCUCAGGAGGCCGUGUGCCGCUACUUCUACUCCAAGGUCCAGCAGAGGAGACAGGAGCUGGAGACGGCGCUCGGCAUCAGGAACACCUAAACAAACGUUUCCAUGGGGGACAUCUAAUGUGUGAGCGCACGUGGGAUAAUAAAAACAAAUUCCUCCCAGAGUUUUCUGGCAUAGAUAGUAGUUGGCUUUACCGUUAUAUAGGAUGUCUGUUUUUCUUUUUUGUUUACUCUUCACCCUGCAGCACGACUUCUGUUGCGCUCUUUUUGCUACUUCCACUUUUUUGUAAUUUUUUCUUUUUCUCUCCUCACACCAGAGUUCCUGGAGCACAAUAUAUUUUGCAUGUCUCAGCCUUACCUUGAAGCAUUCCUUUCAUUUUGAUACGUUGUGCCCGCACACAACAGUACAGAUUGUACACAAACGAAAAAGCAGAGGGCGACUUUGAUGUAUGUUGGCCCUGAUUCUAAAAUGACCCUAAAUCAGAUGGAGAUGAAAAGUAAACUAACAUUUGACACUCCCUGGCCCAUUCAGUUAGAUAUUGGUUGUGAUUGUGUUUGUAAUCAUUUGAGCUGCUUUGCUGCUCAUUGGCUGUCCAUGUGUCCUUUUUCUUAAGCUCUCAUUGGUUGGUUUUGUGCCGCAGUCUGGUGUAUGAGAGACGUUUAAAGCUAAAUCAUGGAAGAAUAUACAACUUUUGUAAAGGGUGCCAUUUAGUAUGAAGUUCUCCUUUUUUUUCCUUUUUUUGUUAUCAAUGAUUCUUGUUUUUAAAUAUGUAUUAUUAUAUCAGUACGUGUCUUGUUAUCUAGUACAGAUUAUCAAGGAAGUAGCUAGUAUGAGUACCUCUAGUCUAUAUAGUUUUGUAAAUACUGAGCAGUAAAAAAAACUGAAGAUGGAUGUGAAGUAUAAAUGUAUCUCUAAUCCUGCAGAUGUUUUUCUUAACUCUUUGUCUACGCUCAGAUAGUUGAACCAGUAUUUAUAUUAUGGAUCAGCCUCGCGCAGUGAUUGGCCUCUCCUCGACAUAAAGACGACAGUCACAUUUGACGAUUCGCUGCUGCUCUGCGGGAUGAAAUGUAAACGGCAUUCACAUCGCCUGCAAGCUGGGAAAAGUUCAAUAUUCUGCUUUUCAGAUUUGUGUAUUUCUAUAUAUGUGCAGAGAAGCCAUGAACACGAUUUAAAGAGUCGUAGGUUCUGCGUAGGCCGGCUGAGGACUGACAACUGGUUGAGCUUAAUGGUCGUUUCCCUGUUAGGAGAAGGAGUCCAGAGGAGUCCUGGCUGAAACUUUACUGUGUGCAUUUAAUUAACAAUUCCAAGAAUACACUAAUGUGGGUUUGGGCAGGUACAUGAUUUGAAAUGAGCGGUGGGAACCUCUGGGAUGAAAUAAGCCACACUGGGGGAAACUGUAGUACUAUUUGAAUCUGCAGACUUUUUCAUGGACCAAACCUAUUUUUCUGUAUGUUCUUAUGUUAUAAUAAAGGAUAUGUAAAAUGUA